AUGCCUCUAACUACUAACAUAGCCACAGAUUCGGCUCAAUGGCCACCAGCUUCCGAAACAUUACAUGGAACGAGUCAUCAAUCAACAUCCAACAAUGCUCAGACAACAUCCAAUCAACACAUAACCCAAUCCAAUCCACAGACAGAUACCAUACAGGCAGCAAUCGAAUCCAUGAAUGAUGUGCAUGAGUGUGCAUGGAUGACAGCAUAUGCUGAAGGAGCCGAACAGGCAUUAGCUUCCCGUAAUCUCAUUACCUUACCGACAUCUAAUACUACAGUAACAGCAAUAACCAAAACUACUACCUCCACAACAACAACAACACCUCAACUACAUACCUCAAUCACAAAUGGUCAAACACACAUAUCCGAAUUAACUCGUCCUCAAAUACUCACUACAAUUGCACAACAUUAUGUACCUGACAUUCUCUAUCCGAAACCAAUUCCCGGAGGUUUCACCAAUCUAACUACCCUAAGAGUACCCAAGGAAGUGGAAAUAUUGCUAAGCUUUGGGCCUCAAUACUGUCCAGUGACUCCUCCAUCACUAAACGAUUACAUAUCUGCCAUAUACACCUACUAUGAUGCACAUCUAGAGGCCACCACUGAUCUAAGUGUUAUCUGCCGACAAGAAAUGGAAAAUCAUGCUUCCAAAUUUUUGGAUGUAAUGGUUAAGCACCGUCAACCAACUCCAUUCCACAAGAUGCUGCAACAUCUCUUCCAACAAACAUAUAAUUUUAUACACCUACAUGAUCAGAUACUAACCAUACAAGCCGAUAAAAGUAAAUCGACCAUUUUGAUACAUAAAAAUGAAUACAUCAACAAAGUGGAAACAUGGUUACAAGCAUAUCUGGCAACUGGGUCUUGCAAAGAGUAUAAAGGGGACAUAGGGCUAUUGGUACGAAAAACUCACGCCCAAUAUAUAAGAAUAUUUAGAUCAUUAUGUCGUGUCUAUAAAGGCAAUAACAAUCCAUACCCAUCUAGUAUACAUAUGUUACUGCGGAGUCAUAGCUAUGAUAAGCCAGCCUUACCUUAUUUAUAUGGCACUAUUAAGACACAUAAACCCAAUAAUCCUAUACGACCAAUAUGUAGCCAAAUAUGUUGGUACUCACAACCCAUACAAAAAUUGUGUCAACAUAUACUAGAGACAACCACAAAGACUCGUCUAUCAAAUCAUAAUUUGUCUGAUAUCAACCAACUCACCAACCAUAUACUACAACUAAAACACAUACAUGGCUACGUUCUUGUAACAAUGGAUAUAUGUGAUAUGUACCCGACCACCCAAAUUGCAUCUUUAUGGUCGUUACUGGAGGACAUGACCACUGAAUCUUGGUUCCAAACCGCCUGUCCAAUAGAUAUAGAAAUCUUCCAACGCAUGCUAAACUAUAUAUUACAACAGUGGAACUAUUUUACAUUUAACGGUACAGUAUACCAACAAGUUGAUGGACUACCACAAGGAGGCAGCGCCUCUGGAAUAUUAGCUACUUUGUACCUAGAUACACAAAUUUCAUUAAAUUACAACACAUUAUUUUUAUCCCAUCAUGUGCACUCAUGGUGGAAGUAUGUAGACGAUGUAUUGCUGUAUAUGCCUCAAUCAAGUGUGCAAAGUUUUGUGGAAACUUUCCCACAAUUAAUAAGGUACGAAGUAACUUAUGAAAUAGAGAAGAUCAACCCAACAGCCGGACCUUAUCCAACUAUAGCAUAUCUAGACUACAACAUAGAACAUACGCCUACCACCUUUCAAAUUUCCAUACAUAGCAAACCAACUGAGUCUCAGCGAAUGCUGCAUUAUACAUCUCACACUUCUCAAUCAACAAAACGCUCAGCUCUAUCAUCACACAUACGCCGGAUAUAG